UAUAUAUAUAUACAUCAUAUCAACCCAACAUGCCAUAAUGACUCUAAUUGCGUCUUAAGGAAGCUAAUUAAUUAAGCUAGUUAAUUAGAUUGACUUCCAAAUUAAAAUGGGGUCCGAAUGUGUGUCUAGAUCAAGUAGGUGGUUCUCCAACGUAGGACUACGAAUAAGCCUCCACAAAAAGAAGUCGUCCAAGGCCGCCACCGCGACAUCGCCCUGUUCGAGUCCUUCUGGAUCCUCCCCUCGUUCUCCUCUCACCCCGCCCUCGAUCACCCCUCGCCCCCAUAAUUCUUAUCAAGCUGAUCAGCUCGAACAGACUAAAACUCGGCUCGACUCAACUUGUUUGCAGACAAGGACGAGGGAGGAGGAGCUUAAGGAGGUAUUUCGUCAUUUCGACAUGGACAACGAUGGGAAGAUCACGGCCCUCGAGCUUCGAAGGUACUUUAAGUCGAUAGGGGAGGUGAUUUCGAAGGAAGACGCACAAGAGGUUAUCGACGAGCUUGACUCGGACAAGGACGGAAUGCUCGAGUUUAAGGAUUUCGUUAAGCUUAUGGAAACGAAGGACGACGACGAAGGUACAGAUGAAGAUAUGAAGAAAGUGUUUGAGACAUUUGAGCAUGAGAAAGGGUCAGGGAGGAUAACUCCUAGAGGUCUUCAAAGGGCUUUAUAUAAGCUUGGAGAUUCAAAGUCUUUUAAAGAGUGUGCGGCUAUGAUUCAAGUUUAUGAUACGGAUGGUGAUGGUGAGCUUGAUUUUAAUGAGUUUCAUCAAAUGAUGGCUGUUUAAUUAUUGAUUAAACUUUCUUAAUUCUUUUUGGCUUAAUUUGAUGAUAGCUAGUUUCAUCAACGAACUCUGAAAUGAAUGUUUUUGGUAGCUUAAUUAUCGUGCGUAGUAGUAAGUAGUAAGUAGUAAGUAGUGCGUAGUGUAAUCUCUAUUUUUUAAAGUUCGUUAUUCGCGUUUUGAAAUAUAUGUGUUUAAAGUAUGAAAA